CUUUAUUGUUCGUCCUUUUCUAACAUGUAAAGCGAGAACCACCAGUGAAUCACUAUCUUCGAACCAACAAAAAAAAUCUCUAACAAUCCAUUUCUCUUUUGUCUCCUCCCAUCUCUUUUAUUCCUUUCUCAAAAUAUAAUUCAUGUUAAAUUAGCCAUACCAUCUUCCCUUUAUUUUCUUUCCCAUCAAGGACUGGUAAAAUGGUGAUGUAUACUUACGUGAAUAAGUUGGAGGAGAAAAAAAGAUUGGAGGCGGGAGACGGGAAAGACGAGAACGAAAGAAAGGAUUACAUAAAAAGGAUGGGGAGAAAAAAUGUGAUUUUCUAGAGGAGCUUCGAAUUGGGGGUAAGUGCUCUAGUAAUAGGCAUGAGACAGUUAUACCAGCAUGACCCAAUAUAGUUUGUAACCUAAUUGUGCAUAGUCAAAUUCAAACAACCAAACAGUUGCACACAUAGGGUUAUCUAUAAUCGAGAACAAGCAGGACAAUACCUUCCCUUAUGCCAUCGCCAGAAUGAGCAUUAUAUAAUGCUAAUACCACUUAGAAAUGAUACAACCCCAUACAAUACUUAAACUGUCCAAAAUAGUCCAGCACAAAUCAGUAUGAGUAAACCAAGGUUUUCAUGGUUGAAUACCUUAGUACAAACCUGUGAUAGCACCUGUAUGUCCAUGGUUAAAUUUUAUUCUGUUGUCUAUGACCCUUUUUUUCUUUUUCUUAGUUCAAAUGCUCAAAGGGCAAACCUUAGGAGUCUAAACACCAAUCUCUAAACCAUUAGGCGUUUAAAUGCACAACUGUCAAACCUUCAAAUUCUGGGCGGGUGGUUCGACCCGAAAACAAAAUACGAGAAGAUCCGAACACAGGGUUUAGGGUUUAAGAUAUCGCCCAACAACAAACUAAUUUUUCCUUUCUCGCGCUUGCCAACUCCGGCGAAUUCAGCGGCUUAUUUAUCACCGUACUCUGCGAGAUGGGUGCUAAAGCAAAGAAGAAAGCAAUUACCAAGAAAUUGAAGAAGGGGGCAAGCGAUUUUUCUGCUUCUUCAGUUUUUAAACAUGUAGCUCAUGACUUUCUGUCAUUAGAAGGUGGGCCAGCACAGAAGCUUCCAAAGACUGAAGUGAGGGAAAAUAAAGCCACAGUUUUAUAUAUUGGGAGAAUCCCGCAUGGAUUUUAUGAGAAUGAAAUGGAAGGUUUCUUUAAGCAAUUUGGUACAAUCAAGAGGCUCAGAAUUUCAAGGAAUAAUAAGACAGGAAAAUCAAAGCAUUUUGGCUUCAUAGAAUUUGAGUCCCCUGAGGUUGUAAAAGUUGUUGCGGAUACUAUGCAUAAUUAUCUCUUGUUUGAGCACUUAUUGCAAGUUCAUCUUAUUCCUCCUGAACAUGUACAUCCAAGACUGUGGAAAGGUGUGAACCGCUGGUACAAACCCUUGGAUUGGGUUAAAAUUGAAAAGAAGCGUCAAGAUAAGGAAAGAACACUGGAUGAGCACAAGAAGUUGGUUGAAGAAAUAUUAAAGCGCGACAAGAAGAGGCGAAAGAGGAUUGAAGCAGCAGGAAUUGACUAUGAGUGCCCAGAAAUUGUGGGUUCAAUUCAGGCUGCACCGAAGAAGAUCAGAUUCGAUGCAGAAUAGAUCUAUCCAGCAGAACUAAGGCAGCAAGUAGAGCAGUAUAUGCGUGGCAGUUUGCAUCACGAUUCACGGUCAUGUAAGCUGUAAGGUCACGUGCCGUUGAGCCAUGCUGGCUGAUGGAAAGCCAUCAAUCCAAGUGUCUAUUGGUUAUAGCUUCAAUUUUGUUACCGCAGCUCAAACUAUCAAGAAUUCUGGAAUUCCUAAGGGUGAUAAAAUGAAUUUUUCUAGCUAUCUAGUACCUUAAUGCAAAGUGUUUAGGCUAUGAUGUGCCAGAUUUGUAGUUCUUUUGGUUAUUUUGUUCUUUUCCCUGCUGAAUGUACAGUUAAUGAUUUCCAUAAAUAUCUAAAGACUGAAUCUACAGGCUUAAUUAGUUCAUGUUGAA